AUGUAUAUCAAACAAGUUAUCUGUAACUGUAAUAUUAAUAUGAUGAAUGGUUAUGAUUUAAGCAAUGAUUAUGUUAUUGCUGAACUUGUUAAAGACCAAAUAUUAGAAAAUAUUUUCUCUUUUCUUAACUUGAAAGAUUUGAAGAAUUGCAUGUUAGUAUGUAAAACGUGGUUUAGAAUUCUCGGUGACGAAAACAACGAAUUGUGGCGGUUUCACUGCAUCAGAAGGUUGUCUGAGGAAGUGUUGAGAUCUGACUUACUUUCAAAUUUACCUACAUAUAAAACUAAGUUAAGAGCAUUCCUUCAUGCAUGGAGCCCUAAUGACUGCUCCCGAAAUAUUUACAUUAAACCAAAUGGAUUCACUCUUCACAGAAAUCCAGUUGCCCAAAGUACAGAUGCCUGUAGGGGAAAAAUUGGGUUUAGUCGAGGAAGGCAUGCCUGGGAAGUUAUUUGGGAAGGACCAUUGGGUACUGUUGCUGUUAUAGGAGUCUCAACUAAACAAGCACCAUUGCAAUGUCAAGGUUAUGUGGGCUUACUAGGUUCUGAUGAGUCCAGCUGGGGGUGGAAUCUAGUUGAUAAUAUACUGUUACAUAAUGGAGACACUCAAGGGGACUAUCCCAUGAUGAAUAACAGUCCAAAAUAUCAAGUUGGUGAACGAGUAAGAGUCAUUUUGGAUUGUGAUUCAGGCACUUUAUGUUUUGAGAAGAAAUAUGAAUUUUUAGGAGUUGCAUUCAGAAAUCUUCCUUUUAACACCAAAUUAUAUCCAACAGUCUCAGCAGUGUAUGGGAACACUGAAGUAUCAAUGGUGUAUGUAGGAUUACCUCUAGAUGGCUGA